AUGAGUGCUAAUUUAUUAAAAAGGAGUUUUAGUUUAGUGAAAAGUGUAUCACCAAAGAUGAAGAUUGAAAAAAUGGCCCCGAUAAUACCAUGCUCUGACGAGACCGCAUGUGCCCAAGCUGCCGAGUUUCUGGCGAAGGGCCAUGUCAUAGCUGUACCUACAGACACAAUUUACGGACUAGCAUGCAGCGCUAACUGUGCCGAAGCAAUAAAGAAGCUCUAUAAUAUUAAAGGCAGAGAUGCCGCUAAGCCUGUAGCUAUAUGCGUGACUUAUGUCAAUGACGUACGAAAAUGGGGUGAAGCAGAACAUUUGUCUGAUGAUUUACUUCACAAACUACUGCCUGGUCCAGUGACUUUAGUAUUGGAGAAGACUAAGCACCUAAACAAUCCCUAUCUUAAUCCACAGGCUACCAAAAUUGGUAUAAGAAUACCUGAUCAUAAUUUUAUGAAUAGAGUUACUAAAAUAUUUGAUUUACCUGUUGCCUUGACUAGUGCCAAUUUUAGUAAUGAGCCUUCUACCUUAUCAGUUAGAGAAUUUGAGCAUUUAUUUGGGCAGUUGGGGGCGGUGUUUGAUGGAGGUGUUCUGAGCCAAGGACUGGAGCAGAAUAGGACGGGAUCCACAGUGGUAGACUUGUCAAAAGUCGGACAUUUUAAAAUUAUACGAAGGGGCAUUUCGUAUCAAAGGGUUAUUAAGAUUUUAGAAAUGCAAGGGUUCAAACAUGAUAUGUAAUAUUUUUGAAUUCUGUGAUAGCUAAGUAGUUAUUUAAAAAUAAAUUUUGUUGAUUAGAAA